GCUCCUGGCGGUGCCAGCUGAACGACGCCUGGCGUAUGGUCACCGCGUCGCCUGCGAACGGAGGCCACCGUGGUUUUCUUGCGGAUGGCCUCGAACGAUGGUCAUGCUACGCUCAACGAAGCCUCCGAGGCGUCCGUCGCCCGGAGUCGUACAGCCAGGCCUUGCGCUACCGCUACUCCUGCCAGCCUUCGCCGGCACGGAGGCGAGCGUGGCGCCAAAGGAGCCUCGAGGGACCCGAAAAAGGAACCGACGCCACCCAACACGGUCUCACUGCGAGACGGCGAUGGAGCAGUGGCUGACGAAGGCAAUGCUGUCGUCGUCCAAGAUGCCCGAGACAUGACAGCCUCGAGUGCCGACGAGAGCGAAGACGGCGAGCAGAAGGACUCCACACAAGACAGCCAAGAUUCGCGGGAGACUAAUCGGGAACCGCUCGAAGAGCGCAAGGAUGCCGACGCGUCAAAUGUUCUGGGAAGGUCUCCAGCGAACACGGGUGACCCGCGACGUGACCAUUCAGAGGAGGGUGUCGCGGGGCCGUCACCGUCGUCGAUGGAGCACGAUUCCGGCGUUGCUGCCGUGCAAGCGGCUGGCCAGCUAUUCCCGCACUCGAGGGCUCUGCUGGAAUCGCCCGUUGAGGGCCUGGAGCGCAGAGUCGACGAACAAACUGGGCGGCGGGCACUCGCAUCGCAAUCCGUUGGCAGACGGGAGUCUGACAAGAAGGAACCGCAGUUGCGUAGACCAAGCGAGCGGCCACCGCAAAUGGUAAGGCAAACGAUUGGUUACGAAAUCCUGCUGAUGCUUUACUGA